GAGUCGCAGCCAAUUUGCGGACUGGCAAAAUUUCUUCCGGUUCCGAAGUGUCCAGAUCUGGCUCGCCUCGCUCCGCCUGGCCACGCCUCCUUACGCCUUACCCGCGUUGAACGUGCAACUCGCGAAAAAGCUGACCGCCUAGGGCGAUUUCCUGCCGCCUCGCUCCGACGCGCGCGAAGGCCUCCCUUUAAAAACACUGAUUGAAAUAAAGAAAUGGGUGAGUGGAAAAGGCAUAGAAUUCUCAUGGUCUCUGAUUUUUUCUAUCCCAACUUUGGUGGUGUGGAGAAUCACAUCUAUUAUCUCUCACAAUGCCUUCUCAAGCUUGGUCACAAGGUGGUGGUAAUGACUCAUGCCUACAACAAUCGUUCUGGGGUGAGAUAUAUGACAGGCGGGUUGAAAGUGUACUAUGUACCAUGGAAACCGUUUCUUAUGCAGAAUACUUUUCCAACCUUUUAUGGGACACUUCCAAUAGUAAGGACUAUCCUUAUUCGAGAGAAAAUAUCCCUGGUACAUGGACAUCAAGCUUUCUCAACUCUUUGCCAUGAGGCUUUGAUGCAUGCACGCACAAUGGGGUACAAGGUCGUAUUUACUGAUCAUUCACUCUAUGGUUUUGCUGAUGCGGGAAGUAUACACAUGAACAAGGUAUUGCAAUUUACAUUGGCAGAAGUAAGUCAGGCCAUUUGUGUUUCUCAUACAAGCAAGGAAAACACAGUGCUACGGUCAGGUUUGCCACCAGAAAAGGUCUUUGUGAUACCUAAUGCUGUUGACACAGCUAUGUUCAAGCCCGCACCAGAGCGCCUGAGUAGUCAUGAAAUUGUAAUUGUUGUUAUAAGUAGAUUGGUUUACCGAAAGGGUGCAGAUCUUCUCGUUGAAGUCAUUCCAGAAGUAUGCCGUUUAUACCCCAAUGUUCGUUUCAUUGUUGGAGGAGAUGGACCGAAACGUGUGCGGUUGGAAGAGAUGAGGGAAAAACAUUCUCUUCAAGAUCGAGUUGAGAUGUUAGGUGCCGUGCAACACUCUCAAGUACGAUCUGUCCUAAUUACUGGCCAUAUAUUCUUAAACAGUUCUUUAACAGAAGCUUUUUGCAUAGCAAUCUUAGAGGCUGCUAGUUGUGGAUUAUUAACAGUCAGUACACGUGUAGGAGGUGUCCCGGAGGUACUACCAGAUGACAUGAUUGUACUUGCAAAACCAGAUCCUAGUGAUAUGGUUCAAGCAAUAAAGAAGGCAAUAUCUAUACUUCCCAAAAUCGACCCACAAGAAAUGCACAAUCGUAUGAAGGAGCUGUACAAUUGGCAUGAUGUAGCGAAACGGACAGAAAUUGUUUAUGACCGUGCUCUGAAAUGCUCAAAUCAAAAUCUUUUACAACGACUCUCACGAUACCUCUCAUGUGGAGCUUGGGCGGGAAAGCUUUUUUGCUUGGUUAUGAUCAUUGACUUUCUGUUAUGGCACCUGUUGCAACUAUGGAAGCCUGCAGAGGAUAUUGAAGAAGUGCCCGAUUUCAUUCUAUCCCAUGAUCAAGAUGAAGGGAUCUCGCAGGACAAUGAGAACCAAAGCUUGAGAUGAUUGCAUUUAAAAAUUGGAAUUGUUCCCUUCGUAUACAGCAUGAAAUAGAUUGACCUUAAAAAGAGGAUGAAAUGGAUUGACCUGAUCUCUUUUUUACGUUGUUUUCACUUGGCUGGUAGUAUCAAAUUAGUCCGGUAUGUAGUGAAGAUUUUGUCGUGAAGACUUAAAGAUGCUUGUCUGUUGCCUGCAUGGCAACUUUCGAACAAAUUUUGGCCGGAAUUUGGCCGGAUUGGCUACUUUCUUUCAAUUGUUUAGAAUUACCUUGUAAAAUUUUGGCCUUGGUGUUGGUGAUGACAUAGCCGGGUUUUUGUACUAAUUACUCAUCCUAUUUCAAUAA